UCAAGAUAGAGGGACGUCCGAUUUCCGAUCUUAAGGUUGCUGAAAUUCGCAAGAAGCUAGAAAAGCGCAACAAAGAUAAGACAGGUGUCAAACAGGUGUUGUUGGAUAGUCUGAAAGAGACCCUAGAGAAAGAUAGUCAGGACCCCCAAACUUAUCGUUUGAGAGAUGGGAUUGAAAGUAUCAAAACUGACCAAGAACUUCCCGAACAUUCGCCUGUAAACGGUGACGGACCAAGAGCUGAGAAAUCUGAACCCACCGCAAAAAGACAUAGCUCGUCAGAUGACGUAUUAAGCAAUGAGUAUGUUAUCAGUGAACGUUCACUGCAGAAAAAAUUACCAAAGAAACUCUCCCAUACGUCGUUCAAGUUGGAGAGCAAGAGGAAGAUUUACAUUUUGAUUGGAAGUGUGGAAACGACGUAUCAGAAGUGACAAAUGAUAGCAAAGAUGUCCAAAUCAAAAACGAAGGAUUUGGCAAACAUGAAAACCAACCAGAAAGUGCAGUUAUCAUUCACCAGAUUAGUGGUAUGUCCUAUUUCAUUUAAGUCACUUUACGUGUCAGAAAGCUGUAAAAAUUUAUGGAUAAGUAACUAACCGAAAUUAGUGAGGGCCUCAAAUUUAAAGCAACAUUUUAUCAAGGCAGGGAAGUUAGUAUCAGCUACUGUGGUUAUGAACACCCGUUCACCUGUAAGUUGCUUUGGAUUUAUACAGAUGGCUUCUACAGAAGAAGCAGCAUCCGCUACCAGAGCUUAUGAUUUAACAGAGUUUGGAGGAUGCAUACUACGGGUUGAAGCAACAGAACGAAAGGCACCAAUUCAAUCAAACAAAGCAAAUGAUCGAAUAUCUGGACUAAACAAAUUAGAAACGUCAAGUGUUCCUGAUUCUCAUCGUACAGUAUCCAGACCACUGAUAUCUCGAAGUCGUUAUAUUGCGAACAGACGGCGAUUGUUGCGUCGUGCUGCGAUAUGAAGUGCUAUUUGGAGUGAACAA